UAUAAAUUAUUGGAGUUUAUUUUCCAAAUGCAACGUAAUUUGGCGACGGUGAAGCGUCCCUUUUUUUCUUCUCUCUCUCCUGGAGAGUCGUGCCUUCCGAACGGAUUUAAUCAGCUCGAGUUGCUGUGAGUAAUCUGACGCAGACAGCAACGGGGGAGCCAGGCCGUUGAAACGGCGGCGGCGUUUUGUUUUUGGAGCAGCUUGAAGACAGGCUGCAAUAAAGCAAAUCCGCAAUGACCACCUCUGUCUUUUCUGCUCCUGAUCGGGAAUUCCAAAGAGCUGGGUAAAAAAAAAAUGGAGCGAGGGCAACCAAGAGACAGAGACGUCGAACCAGCCAGGAUGUCAGAUUCGAGCCUCAGCACCGAUUGCGAGGAGCAAAGUUUUCCGGGGCUGUCCUUGCAGAUGAAGAGCAAGCUUCAAGCUCGGGAAGGGGCACCUUGUAAAUAAAGACACACACAGACAGAGGGGGGAAAAAAAAACAUAAACAGAGAGAACUGCGGAUGCUGGAGACCUGAAACAGAACAGAAAGCAGAGGAGAGGCGCUAGAGAAAUUCAGCAAACAUCUGCGGAGAGAGAGCAAACUGAACGUUCUCUUCGAGUGAAUGUUUUGAGUGACUGUGCAGAGAAAGGAACAAAAUCGGUGCAAACUUGUGUGAUUUUCCCCCUUUCUCUCUCCUUAACAAUCCAAUCCCAACCCACAGUCCAUUCACCACCGUCCAGGUUUGUGCCAUGUAAAUAAAAGACAAGAGAGAGAUCCCUGGGCAAGGUUUUGCUCCUGGCGUUGGUGUGAAGAUGGUGGAUCCUCUUCCCCUGUGUCAGCCACGGCCAGUUCCGCGGAGAAUCAACCAGGGAAGCGGCCAGGAGCAUGGGUGGCGAGAACCGCCGUUUGCCAGCUCUCUGAAUAAUGUCAACCAGAGACAGUUCUCCCAGGCACUUCAGUGACAAGGUAGCGCAGACCCCGGCCAAGGAGCUGAUCCGGAACCGCAUGAAAAUGGUCAUCGACCAGCUCGAAGUUAUCCUCCAGGAGCUGAAGGAAGUGGCGAAGGAGCUGAAGGAGGUAGUGAAACAGAUCGACAAGCUGACCUCCGAUUUUGAUUUUGAGAUGGAGCCAGAUGACUGGACAAUCGCCACAAUGAGUAGCACCUCCAGCAGCGACACUGCAAGAAACCACGACAGAUGUGGGCCCUUUUCCGACUACGGGCAACUCGGAUUCCUGACUCCUGACAUCCUGUCGGACAGUUGGGAGUUCUGCUCCUUCCUGGAGCUUCCAGGAGAGACGAGUAAAGUGGAGGCAGGAAGUGACGACAAGGAGCUCCCACACACCCCAUCCGAGGUGGACUACAGGAUGAUGAACGGAGGAUUGAUCCCCAAUGGGCCUGAGGGCUGUGCUCCUGAUACCUCCAGCGAGGACACCAUUAGCAGUGCCCCCAGUCACAAGGCCCUCCUGAGGACCUCUGGCACCAGGGAGCGGGUGCGUUUCAGCGAUAAGGUUCUGUACCAUGCGUUGUGCUGUGACGACGACGACGAGGAGAACGAGGAGCCAGAGGAGGAGACGACUGUGGCCCCUACAGCGAGUCCUGGUGCCGGUCCAAGCGAGAGCCACGAGAGGGCCGGCAGCGUUGCGCCCAAAGCAUCGUCCUCGCUGUCCGCCUCCAAACCCCGACAUCACUGCCCGCCGUCUGCCGUGCCCGCCAAAGGCAAUCCUUCCGCCAGGAAAACAACCAUGAGGAAUAACAGCACACAAACCGUGUCCCACAAAAGCACUCAGACACUCCUGUCAUAUGGGUCCUCUAAGACACAACAGAACUCAAAGAGAGAGGGGCCAAAGUAGCCACCACAUCCUCUGCCCCAUCUCCCCCAUCCCACCCCACCCUAGAUGGGAUACUGCUUGACUACCUAUUGGCAUCAUGAGGCUCAGGGAUUUUCAAUAGAAUAUAUUAAGAAAAAAAAUUGUUUUACAGAAAAGGUAGAUUCCAAAAUUUUGCACCCAUUGACUAAUUGCAUAAAAAUGCACUUUAAGAAUCUACUUUUUUUAGCUUUAUUUUACCUGGUACCUUCAAGAUUGUAGGAGGCUUUUAUUUUUUGUCUUAAGUCGCAGAAUUUAAUCUUGCCUGAGUACUGUGCCUGUAAAUAGAGCGUGCUUCCAAACAAGCCUUUCUAUCUUUGUGCUCUGCUUUCCUGGCAAUGUCCUACAGUUGAUAAUGGUUUUCACUCCAUACUUUAUUAAUUUCUAGAGCAGUUAAAUCUGUCCCAAUUUAAUUGGUUUGUUCUUUAUUUUCUAAAAGAAAUGAAGAUUUCCAGCUGCUGAUGUCUGUUCUGCAUCCUUUCAGGCAUUUUGCUGAACCAUUAUGCCAUUUCAGAUGACCCAACAUCCACAUUAAGUGAGACCAGAUGGAACCACAAUGAAUGGGGGAAAUAAAAACCAUGUGCUGUCCAUUAAUUAAUUCCAUCAGUUGAAUGAACUGAAAAAUCUGAAUUUUAUGUUUUUUUUUAAAAAUGUGCAUAAAAUGCUUCCAUAAUAUUCAGCAGGCAUUUGAACCCAUUGAAUGCUAUGACAGUGUGUAAUGUUAUCAUUUUAGGUAUCAGAUAAAGGACAGAGCAGUGGUUUAAAUCAAGACAGAGCAUUUUGUUCCGACAAGAUUUUUCUUUUGAAAGACACUGUGAAGCAGUCUGCUUGGAAAAAAAA